CCUCCUCCUCCCUCUUCAGCCCUCCGUUCCCCGUUCUCCCUCCGCCUUCCCUUCUGCCUGUUCGUCGGGUUUUUUCUUACAGCAAAGCGGCAGAAAGGUCUCUCUCUCCUACCCUUCCCCCCCAAGCAGCGACCGGCCCUCAGUUGCUGGUGGUAGUCGUCGAGUGUGCCGUGCAGGGCAAGCAGUGUUCAUUUCGCGCCCCCCCUCCCAACAGCGAGCCUGCGACAAUGCAGGGCGAGAUGCACGACCCUCAUCUGCACAAGCGCACGUCUAUUAACCAGCUCUUGAACCCCGUCGCCGCCGGCGCCACCCCGACCUCGCUCGACCACGCCGCCUACCACCCGCACCCGCACCACCACCACCACCCGCAACAGCAGCAACAGCAACAGUACGUGACGCCCCCGCCUCCGCCUGCGUACCACGGCCCCGGAAACGCGUACGGCCUCCGCGCCGCCACGUGGUCCACCGCCGACAACGCGAACGGGAGCUCGCCGCCGCAACACCAGCCCCAGCAGCAGCAGCAGCAGCAGCCGCGCAAGCAGGAAGAGGGAGGAGGUUGCGUGUACCAGCACCCGCCGCCGAUGCACUACAACCCGUACGCGGCGCCCGACCAGCCGAGGCGGUACGACCCCCAACAACAACAGCAGCAGCAGCAGCAACACCAAUACCCGGCGCAGAUGCAGAUGUCGCCAUGGGCUCACCACGACGGAAGCGGGGCGGUGAUGCACUACGCGGCCGCGGCGGCGCCGCCGAUGGCGAUCGCGCACAUGUACUCGGACGAACGGACCGCUGUACCGGGAGACUACGCGAACGGCGGAGCUGCGGCCGCGUAUCAAGCUCAAGCUCAAGAACGGCAACAACAGGAUGCGCAGAUGAUGCAGCAACAGCAACAGACAUCGCAGACCGUGGAGGACUCCAAAGUUGGACACGAUUAUCAGAACGGCGAACGCGCGUCGGUCCGACUCGCGGCGCGCAGCACGAUGCCCGCGCCGAUGCAGUACUCGCCGGGAUACAUGGCCUACUACCCGGGCGGGAUACCGGCGGGGAUGCCGUUCAACAUGAUGUCUUUCGCGCCGUACCCCCACGCGGUCGCGAUGGCGGCCAUGCCGUCGCCGUCGCCCGCGCCCGCGCUCAAGAGGGCGGCGGAGGAGGAGCAGGACGAGGAGGAGCCGCCGCCGACGACGACGAGGGCGAAGCGAGCGAAGAAGACGGCUGCGGCCAAGGACGGCGGUGCGUCUGCCGCUACGAAGCGCGGGUAUACGGCGAAGAAGCGCGAGGCGGCGCAGGUUGCGGCGCAGAACGCGAAGAUGAUGCCGACCGCGGCGUUCCCCGCGGGCUCUGGCGGUGAGAACGGCAGCAGCGGUCCAGACGCGGCCGCGGCCCCGUCCUCCUCCGCCGCUUCGAAGUCGGGCAGCAGCACCUCCGCCAUCGCCAAAUCCUCCUCGUCCUCCUCCCCUUCCUCCGACUUGCCCAGCCCGGGCCAGCUGCACCCCGAGCUCCAGUUCGCGCGCUGCAUGUCGAACCGGUACAGGCCCGAGAGCUUCCCGCGCUGCGUGUCGUGCACGCGCCGCUGGGCGGGGGACACGUGCCGGUUCCAGGGCAUCCGGUUCUUCCUCAAGGACGAGAGCCGGAACAUCGUCGGGAUCAGCUUUGUGGAGAACCAGAAGCAGGACGCGCCGACGAUGUGUUUUCCGAAUAGCUGGAACGUGCCGCUCGAGGCGAGGCACACGCGGACGAUCAAGCGGACCGUGGCUAAGGCGCUGUUACCGACGCUCAAGCAGGAGAUGGAGCAUAUGAAGGCACCCGAUGUGAUUCGCCGUCCGAGAGAAAGCGACGUGCGCGCGACAUGCGACACGUGCAUGACGUCCAUCUUCUCGACGAGCUGGAUGUGCCGCCUGUGCGGGCGCGAGGCGUGCGCGGAGUGCUUCGCGCAGGUGCGCGAGCUGACGAAGGAGCAGCCCGGGGCGGGCCACGCGGAGGUCGCGGCGCUCCAGGCGAGGCGCGAGAAGCACGCGCACGCGAACCCGUUCUUCCUCAGCUGCACGCGGCGGAGCGAGCACGGCUUUUCCGACUUUUCGCCCGUGUCGAGGUUCCACGAGGGCGAGCUGGCGGAGGCGGUGAAGGAGAUGGAGGCGAUCGCGGCGGCCGACGAGGAGACGGAUGGGUCCGUGGCGGCUGGGGGGGAGGUGGUCGCCGCUGACGGCGAGGAUGGUCGACAGCAGGCGCCGACGGCGGGCAAGCCGACGUCAUCGUCGUCGUCGUCGGACGCGGCGAAGCACCCUGCACCCGAGACGAGCUUACCGACGCCGCCCCCCACGACGCUCACUCCGACACCACCAGAGCCUGUGACGGCGACGGUGACGGUGAAGCAGCAGGAACCGGACGGGGUGCCCGCGCUGCCGGCGCAUGACGUACCGUACUACACUGCGGAGGAGCUCUCGGAGGAUCUGUUCCGGGAGGUGUGGGCGCGCGGGGAGCCGCUGGUCGUGACCGGUCUGGGGAGGAAGUUUGCGAUCGAGUGGACGCCGGCGUACUUUGUGGAGAAGUACGGGUCGCAGGCGUGCCUGGUGGUCGAGUGCCAGACGGAGGCGAACAAGCGGACGAACGUGGCCGAUUUCUUCGGGCAGUUUGGGAAGUACGAGGGGCGGGAGAAGGUGUGGAAGCUGAAGGAUUGGCCGCCGUCGACGGACUUCAAGACGGCGUUCCCGGAGCUAUACGACGAUUUCAGCAACGUCGUGCCCGCGCCGAGCUAUUCGAGGAGGGACGGGGCGUACAACAUCGCCUCGCACUUCCCGUCCAACACCAUCGCUCCCGAUCUGGGCCCGAAGAUGUAUAACGCGAUGGCCAACUUCGAGACGGCGGGCAGCCACGGCUCGACGAAGCUGCACAUGGACAUGGCGGACGCGGUGAACGUCAUGACCUACACCGAGCGCAAGCCGGAUGGGACCGAGGGUUGCGCCGUCUGGGACCUGUUCAAGGCCGAGGACUCGGACAAGAUCCGCAAGUUCCUCAGGGACAAGUUCAGCAUAGGCGCCCAACACGACCCGAUCCACUCGCAGAGCCACUACCUCGACUCCCAGCUCCGGGCGGAGCUGUGGAAAAAGACGGGCGUGAAGAGUUUCAGGGUGUACCAGAAGCCGGGCGAGGCGGUGUUCAUCCCCGCGGGCUGCGCGCACCAGGUGUGCAACCUCGCGGACUGCAUCAAGGUCGCGACCGACUUUGUCAGCCCGGAGAACAUCGAGCGAUGCGAGAAGCUGACGCGCGAGUUCCGGGAGCAGAACCAGUCGAUGGUCUGGAAGGAGGACGUGCUCCAGCUCCGGACCAUGAUGUGGUUCGCCUGGCUCUCGUGCUGCCGCCAAGAAAAACAGUUUUGUUGAACAAGACGAGACGAUCGACGACACCGACGUCGGUGUGCGGGGCGCGAUGUGCUGCUGUUUGCUUUGCGUUUCACUCUGUAUUAUGCUUUCCCCCCCUUCAUCUCUAUUUUCGUUGCUGCUGCUUGCGCUGUCAAUGGGUGUAUGGUUAGUCUGCUCUGGUUUUCGGAUCAAGUCCCGUCGAUCUCUCCGUUUUCUUUUGUCUGCUCCAUGUCGUUCGCUGCUGCACCCAUCACCAUGCCCCCCCAUCCCACGUGGCUCUCCUACAUCUCAGACACUGCACCCAUAUCACAAUAAUGCCAUCCUAUGAAGAUGCCAAUAGCAUACUAUUGCAUUGCCAGGAAUACAAAACAUGAUAUAAUCC